CUAUAUUAGGCCAGUCUUUUACCAAUAACAACCUAGACAGUAAAUUGUAUUACUACUACGAAGUCAUCAUAAACAUGCCUUCAACACUUUCUACCUCGGAGAGCGAUAGCCGCAACAAAAACUCGCCCAAAUACCACAACCCCAUGCAGAACUCAGAGGCUAUCAACCGCAGAAAAAAAGAACAACAAAAAUUGCUGGCGCUCAAAUUCCGUAAUAUGCCCAACGGUUCUAGGCUGGGAUUUCAGUGGGAUUAUAACCGAGGGAAGAUGGUGCCUUUCAUAAAAGACCACUUCACCGGCGCUAUUCGACCUGCGACAAUGAAGGACGACAUGCACAGCAACAUGUCGGCAGAAAAGCUCGAACAGCAUCGCCAGUACCACCAACAAAUGGUCGAAUCCUUAAAACGCGAACAAGGCAAACAAGACAAACAAGACGAACAAGACGAAGAGGAAAACAAGUCUUAGGUAAGCAUAUAUAAUGUUAUAGUCGAGAAGGAAUCUCCCUUUGACUGAGACGACAGGAGACGC